AUGCGAGAACACCGUCGCACGUUGAAGACGAACGAAUUGAACUACAAUGUGACUGAGAAAGAGGUGUUGGCAUUGCUGAGGAUCUUGGAUCUUUACUACAAUCUGCUAGUAGGACGCGAGAUCCGGGUCCUAACGAGGCAUUCUACGUUGGCCUGGUUGUUCAAGUCGACAGGAUUGCAGGGUCGCCUGGGACAAUGGUCUGCCCUCCUGGCUCCAUGGACACUCGAGAUCACGAAGUGCACGAAGGACGAGGACGAGAUACUGGGGGCGAUCGCUGCUAGCAUCACGCCGAGGGUGAAGAUCGACGACGCGCUGACCGAAAUCGCUCCCCGGAAAGAACCUAGACGCCGGAUCCAAGCACCGAUACCCACCGUAGAUCGAGACGAGGAACUAUGGGUGAUCAGCUUUGACGGAUCCGCUCGAGUUAAGCGCGGUGGGGGUGCGUUCAGUACGAUCGUGUGGAGUCUGCCCGGAUGGGAGGUGGUCAAGGCCAGAUCAGGUCAUCUCGAGAGCCUCACCGUGAAUGAAGCAGAAUAUAACGGCCUGAUCCUGGGACUCGACAUGCUAGACGGCUUAGAUCGUCUGGUGAUCUGCGGGGAUUCUAACCUAGUGAUCCGACAAGUACGGGGUGAGAUCGAUUGUAAGGCACCCGGACUGACCUUAUUGAAGCGGAAAGCCCUCGAUCGCCUGAGCGAUCAUGAGCUGGUUCACGUCAAGAGGGACUGGAACGGAAGCGCCGACAGUCUAGCGAGCGCCGCUUUGCAACGACAAGGAAGGAUCGAGGUCCAGGAGAUGCCCGGGUACCAGGAUCUGGUCACCCUAAACCGAUCACCGGCGGGUGUCAUGCAAGAGGAUCUGAUCCGGGAGAUCCGGCUCGAUCGGAUCAAGCAGGCCCAAGAGGAAGAAGUCUGGAUCGCCGGCAUGAAGAAAUAUCUGAGUGGCUCGAUCUCAAAUCUCACACAAGCGGAAGCAAGAUCGUAUGACAAGAUCGCGGCUGACUACGAGGUAGACGAGCAGGAUCUACUCUUUUACUGCCCCCCGACGCCGAGAUCGGGAGACGAUCGCGACCGACUGAUGAGAUUGGUAGUUCCCGAGACGCUGCAAUCAGACGUCUUACACCACUACCACACCACGUUGGAGGGAGGACAUCAGGGAGUGGGGUGA